GCGGGUGCGAGAGAGAGAGAAAGAGAGAGAGAGAGAGAGGGGUGGGGGGAGUGGAAUAGGAAUGAUGGCGAUAUCUUUGUUACAGAGCUUUCUUCAACAAGAGUAUACCUCUAAUUCAAUCUUCCUCACAGCCAUAUCUGUGAUAACUUUUCUGUUCUUAGCAUACUUAGCUAUAUCAGAAAUCAUAGGGAAACACCUCCAGUACUCCAAAUUCUGGAACGUGAAUUCUUCAGCUAAGCAACAGAUCAAACUCUCAAGCACAACAGGCAUGCUCAUACUCUACACUCCGGCGUUCCUCGCCUCACUCGCUUCCUUUUGGGUCUUCCCAGAUGGUGGAAUUAGGUUCAUGAUGGCCAAAUCAGCUAUAACUAUCCAUUUCUUCAAACGGGUUCUUGAGGUUCUGUUUGUCCAUAAAUACAGUGGUGGCAUGGUUCUGGACUCUGCUAUUCUUAUCUCUUCCAGCUAUUUGUUUGCUUCUGCAGCCAUGAUCUAUAUCCAACACUUAGCUCAAGGGCUUGCAGAGCCGGUGAUUGAUCUGAAGUAUCUGGGGGUCGCACUUUUUAUAGCAGGAAUAGGUGGUAACUUUUAUCACCAUUACCUUCUUUCCAAACUUAGGGGGAAGGAUGAAAAAGGAUAUAAAAUUCCCCGUGGUGGGCUCUUCAACUUGGUUAUAUGCCCACACUAUCUUUUCGAAAUUCUUACCUUCAUAGGCAUUUCUUUUAUCUGCCAGACGACGUUUUCCUUUUCCUGCUCGAUAGGCAUAGCUUUGUACUUGAUUGGAAGGAGUUAUGUCACCAGAAAAUGGUACCUUUCCAAAUUUGAUGAUUUCCCUAAGGAUGUCAGGGCUCUGAUUCCUUAUGUUUUCUAAAUAUACAUAACGGAGUUCAAAAUGGCUGGAGGUUACAUUAUUCUUUAUCUUAGAGUCUUGAUAGUUAGAGGACAUUCAGACAAUUAUGGCUUUCGAUUUACCUUGUUACACUUUAUUGUGGAAUGUAUAUUUCAUCAUCCAAAAUAGUGGAGUAAUUCUUUUCAUGAAAAAGAAAAAUGAGCUUAUCUACUUGAUUGCUGCUGAUAUUUGAUGAAUUAUUGGUAUUCCUGACAUUGUUGAAUUCGACAUGUACUUGAGUCUGUCCCAAUUACCUACUAAUGUUGUGUAUUCA